GAGAGACUGCAGGCAUCUCUGUGAUCUCCGGGCUCAAGGCUGCACUCGGCGCACUACACAGCGAACUGAACUGCAUCAUUACUGGAUAGGCAAAGGAUCUCUCUGUGUCUAUGACUAUUUUCCAGCUCUUGUAGCCGUUUCCCCCUUUUCUCACCCGUGCACUUUAAUUGGAGAAACUCGCCAAGAUGAUGUCCAUGAACAGCAAGCAGCCGCACUUCGCCAUGCAUCCCUCUUUACCCGAACCGAAGUACACCACCCUGCAUUCCAGCUCGGAAGCUAUAAGGAGAGCCUGUCUGCAAACUCCACAGCUACAGAGUAACAUUUUUGCGAGCCUGGAUGAAACCUUGCUGGCCCGGGCAGAGGCUUUGGCGGCCGUGGACAUCGCGGUGUCCCAGGGCAAGACGCACCCGUUCAAGCCCGACGCCACCUACCACACGAUGAGCACGGUGCCGUGCUCGUCGACGUCCACUGUUCCACUGGCCCACCAUCAUCAUCACCAUCACCACCACCACCACCAGAACCUGGAGCCUCCGGACAUUAUGGACCACAUCAGCUCACCGUCCCUCACUCUGAUGUCCAGUGCGCACGACGGGACAGGCGGAGGAGGUGGCGGGGGAGGCGGAGGUGGCGGCGGAGGGCUCAUCUCCACCUCCUCUGCCCACCCGCACUCGCACAUGCACGGCUUGGGUCACCUGUCCCACCAGGCAAUGAGCAUGAACUCGUCGCUCACCCACCACGGACUCUUACAGGGCCAUCACGGGGGGAGUCAGGGCGGUCCAGGACUCACAAACCCUGGGCUUCCCUGCAUCAAUGACUCGGACACAGAUCCCAGGGAGCUGGAAGCUUUCGCAGAGCGCUUCAAACAACGGAGGAUCAAGCUGGGGGUGACCCAAGCGGACGUGGGCAGCGCUCUGGCUAAUCUCAAAAUCCCCGGUGUGGGAUCACUGAGCCAAAGUACAAUUUGUCGAUUUGAGUCCUUAACUCUCUCCCACAACAAUAUGAUUGCGCUCAAACCCAUCCUCCAGGCCUGGCUGGAGGAGGCCGAGGGGGCUCAGAGGGAGAAAAUGAGCAAACCUGACAUUUUCAACGGAGGGGAAAAGAAACGCAAGAGGACCUCGAUAGCGGCCCCCGAAAAGAGGUCUUUGGAGGCUUACUUCGCCGUACAGCCUCGACCGUCGUCCGAGAAAAUAGCAGCUAUAGCUGAAAAGUUGGACCUGAAAAAAAAUGUGGUGCGAGUGUGGUUUUGUAACCAAAGACAGAAGCAGAAGAGGUUGAAAUUUUCAGCUGCUCACUGAUGGUCAAAAAGAAGAAGGAAAAAAAAAAAAACAACCACAACAACAAAAAAAAAAAAAAAAAAAAAGAAAAAAAAAAGAAAAAGGAAAAUGAAAUAAGUGUGACUGAAUUUGGGGACCAAGGGACAUUACUAAGACACCAUUUUCAGUCUUUUGUCCCCAGCGAUUUUACAUGCCGGUGCAGAAUGGGCUUUAGAUCCCCAUUUUAUGAGGCUUCAUAUAUCUUGUUUAUUUUCACGUUAUCGGUGAAUGUGAAGUAUGCAAAUAACAGAUUACACAAAUAUCGCCCAGUUUUUUACAAGGGAAAAGUUUAGCGAAGUCGACAUUGCCUUUGAACACACGUGGAAAGGGUAAUUUGCUUGACAAAAUAGCGAGUUAUUUUCUCCUGAUAGGCCUAUUAUUUGAAAUAUAGCCAUUUAAGAAUUACCUCAUUGAUUGUUAAACUGUUUUUAUUUAUUUAUUUUUUGUCGUUGUUGGUAUAGAGUAAUUCACGAAUUUAUUGAUUUAUUCAUGCAUUAAUUUAUUCUUAUUUGGAGGCUGCUAUCAACUCAAAUUUAGUUGCAAACUUUUAUGGCUGACGGAAUAAAAGAAAAAAAAGAGAAAAAAUUAGGCCUGCAUGAAAUCUUAAUUCACGGAAAGUAAUUAAGCCUCAACAGGCUGUCAUAUUUACAGAUAUAUUUAUUUUGAAUUUGCACAAAAUACCCUUUAGGUUUAUAGGUUGUGUCGAAAUGGUUUGUAUAUACAGACAUCACUUUAUUACUAUUAUGAGAAGGGGAGCUCCUUUGUCUUGGAAAUAAAUUAUAACGGUCUAUCGACAUCAUUGGCAUUACAAGGAACGUUUAAAGCAAAUCAGAACACUAAAGCCUUGUACGCUUCAUCAAAGAGAGCUUAAAAAAAGACGGAAGAAAUAAUAAAUUAUUUCAUGUGUUUCAGUUUGCAGUGCAAACACUAUGCAUUGGGGAAAACUGCGUACAGCAGUGCAGUCUACUGAUAGACCUUAUUUUGUGGAUGGUGUAAGUCACUGUUAAAUGCCUGUUUUCACAUUAAGAUCACCUCGUUGUUUGUCGUGUUAAUUGUUACAGAAUCGUUGUGUAAGUAAUAUUUUUACUUUGUGCACAAGUAUGUUUACAAAACUGCGGCGACAUGUGCAUCAUGAAAAAUGUUCCACUGUCUCCUUCCCUCACUUACAACUUGUCCACUCUCCUCUGUUGUCUUCUUACUUUCAUUGGUACUCUUCAUCCUGUUAGCCAAAUUCAACGGGGGAGGUGUGGAGGUUUGUUCCAGCAAUCUUCUA